AUGUCGUCGCCAUCGCAACGCAGGCAACGGAACUCGCAGUCUGCGACUCCUCGUCGCUCUGCGCGCCAGUCAUCCGCCAAUGUGCCGAGUGAUCCCCCCCAGCCGGUCUCGAGCCCCAUGUUCUUCCAGUCCUCGUCACCCGGCCGUGGCGAUGGCUACCCCGGUGCUAGUGGCGAUGUGUCGUCGCCCCUGCGCCAUAUGACGGACACCCAGAGCACGCGUGCCGGAAAUGUUGCUAUCCCCAGCUCACCGCUCCGCCAGAUGAGCGACACACAAUCUGUGGUGGAUGACCAAGCUACGCCGCGAGCCAGCCGCACCCUUGGCGGAGAAUCAUCCCCCAUCAGAUACGAGCCAAGCUCUAGCCCUGGGCGUUCACUACGACACCAAUCGGAGCUGCGCAGCGAAGGCAGUGGCUUGUUCCUCGGCUCUGACGCCGGCAGCACUGCCUCGCGUAGACGUGGUGACAUCAACUCUGAUGCUCUCCGCACCCCUCGUGCGCCACGCCGUAUCAUCUUGGAUGAGAGCGGCCGGGUUGUUCGCCAGGGCCCCGUCGACGGCUCCGAUGCUCCCUCUCACACCAAUCGCGACACCAAUACUUCCGAAGCCGAUAUCCUUGGUGGACAGGGCGAGACUCUCAUUUGGGGAACUACAGUUUCCAUUGACGACACCUUCGCCUCUUUCAAGGACUUUUUGCGUAACUUUACUCGAAAGUAUCGCAUGUACCGUGACGGGCUCUCAGAAGAGGAGGUACGCGCCGAUCCGGACGCCGAGAACAAACCCUACAUGGAAGCUCUUGAAAAUAUGCUUCUCCUUGGCUCCACACGACUCUAUCUUGAUAUCUCCGACCUGAACCUCUAUCCUCCGACAAGGAAACUCUGGUACCAGACCCAGGCUUACCCCCAGGAGAUUGUUCCUGUUAUGGAUCAGUCUGUGCACGAUUUGAUGAUGGAGAUUGCCCGCGCUGAGGGUCUGCGAAACAGAGCUACGCAGAGCAGCAAUGGUCAGGACGAGUCUCAGAGGAGCAGACAGAGCUCGGAGCCAGUUUUUCCAAGCUCUGAUAGGCCAGAUGAGGCUGCCACUCCCCGACCGACACAAGACCCUCAGCCUUCACUCGAAGACCAGGUUUCUGCUUCCAUAUAUGUUGUUCGUCCGUUUGGCUUGGAUAAGUCAACCAAUUUGAGAGAUCUUAACCCAUCUGACAUGGAUCGCCUCAUCUGCGUCAAGGGACUUGUUAUCCGCACGACCCCUGUCAUCCCGGACAUGAAAGAUGCUUUCUUCCGAUGCAACGUUUGCAACCACUCCGUCAACGUUGGCCUUGACCGUGGCAAGAUUCGCGAGCCUACCGAAUGCCCCCGUCCCAUCUGCGGCUCCACAAACUCGAUGCAAAUCGUCCACAACCGUUGCUCUUUUGAGGACAAGCAGGUCAUUAAGCUGCAAGAGACCCCCGACGCGGUGCCUGCUGGUCAGACACCCCACUCGGUAUCUGUCUGCGUCUAUAACGAAUUAGUCGAUUUUUGCAAAGCGGGUGAUCGCGUUGAGCUUACCGGCAUAUUUCGGGUCAGCCCUGUCCGCGUGAACCCUCGCCAACGUGCCAUCAAGAGCGUUCAUAAAACCUACGUUGAUGUACUUCAUGUGCAAAAGGUAGACAAGAAGCGUAUGGGAGUUGACGCGUCGACUCUUGGCGUUGAGGGCGACGAGGAUGCCGAUAGAGGUGCAAAUGAUAUCCAGGAGACGCGCACCAUCACUCCGGAGAACGAACAAAAGAUUAAAGAGACUGCCGCGCGAGAGGAUAUUUAUGAUCUCCUCUCUCGAUCUCUCGCCCCAUCCGUCUACGAGUUGGACGAUGUUAAGAAGGGGAUCCUUCUGCAGCUCUUUGGUGGCACAAACAAGACUUUUGAGAAGGGCGGUAGCCCCAAAUACAGAGGCGACAUCAACGUCCUACUGUGUGGUGACCCGUCGACGUCCAAGUCUCAGCUACUUUCAUACGUCCACAGAAUCGCGCCGCGCGGUGUCUAUACGAGCGGUAAAGGUUCCUCGGCCGUCGGGUUGACCGCCUACGUCACUCGUGACCCGGAAACUAAGCAACUCGUCCUCGAGUCGGGUGCCCUGGUGCUGUCUGAUGGUGGUGUCUGCUGCAUCGACGAGUUUGACAAGAUGUCCGACGCUACCCGAUCCGUUCUUCACGAAGUCAUGGAACAGCAAACUGUGUCCGUCGCUAAGGCUGGUAUCAUCACCACCCUCAACGCCAGAACCAGCAUUCUUGCUUCUGCGAACCCUAUCGGCAGUAGAUACAACCCCAAUUUGUCAGUGCCUCAGAACAUUGACCUGCCGCCUACGCUUCUCUCGCGGUUUGAUCUUGUCUACCUGAUGCUGGAUCGUGUUGAUGAGAAGAUGGACAGACGUCUGGCCAAGCAUUUGUUGUCUCUCUACAUUGAGGAUAAGCCGCAGUCUGCCCCGGCCGCUGGUGACAUUCUCCCCGUCGAGUUCCUCACCAUGUAUAUCUCAUAUGCGCGCGCCAACAUCCAGCCCACCAUCUCCGAAGAGGCAGGCAAGGAACUCAUCGAGUGCUACAUUGCGAUGCGUGCUCUCGGCCAGGAUGUCCGCGCCGCUGAAAAGCGCAUCACCGCCACCACGAGACAGCUCGAGUCCAUGAUCCGCCUCGCCGAGGCCCACGCCAAGAUGCGCCUGUCGGAAGUUGUCACCCGCGAGGACGUCCAGGAAGCGAACCGUCUCAUCCAGAGCGCGCUCAAGACGGCCGCCACCGACGCUCAGGGCCGCAUUGACAUGAGUCUCCUGACCGAGGGCACUAGCGCCGUCGACCGCAAGCGCAAGGCGGAGCUCAAGGAGGCGACCCUCCGGCUGCUGGACGAGAUGACGGCGGCCGGCAACGCCGUGCGCUGGAGCGACGUGGCGCGCCGCCUGGGCGAGAGCGCGAGCGUGCCAGUCGAGCAGGCCGAGUUUAACGAAGCUAUGCGCGCGCUGGAGGCAGAGAACGCAAUCACCGUUACAGGUGACGGCGCGAGAAGAAGUGUCCGACGUGUCACUGCGAUAGUCUAA